AUGGCCAACAUCCCAGCGGCCAUUGAAGCGGCCGAUGCUGCGGGUCGCAUCCCCGCGGGGAUCAGCUUGGAAUACCUCGCACAGUCGCGCGAUCGGCCGGCCAAGAUCGCCAUCAUCUUCGUCUGCGCCUUGACCACGCUUGUGGUCAUCGCGAGAUGCUAUGCUCGGAUUUUCUUUCUCAAGCGAUUUGGCAUGGACGACUCCCUGGCCGUCUUCACGCUGCUGCUGUACAUCACCGUGGUCGUGCUGUCCAUGGUGCUCAUCGACCUGGGCAGCGGCCGUCACAUCGAGUACAUCGAGUACGUCCUCUCGUUGUCCCGGGUCAAGGAGACAGAGGUCCUGGACUUCGUCAUGCACAUCCUGUAUACGACCGCACUGUUCAUCUGCCGCCUGUCCGGGUUGGCCUUCUACCAUCGGCUGGCGGCGCGACACGACAAACUCUCUCUCGCCAUCAAGCUCGCCUCCAUCUUCCUCGUCCUCGCCUUCCUGACCCAAUUCUUCCUGCUGCUGUUCCACUGCUUACCGGUCACGGGGCUCUGGCCAUAUGACUGGCAGGAUGGGGCGAGCAAGUUCAAAUGUCUGAGCUGGGGCGACGUCUACUCAGUCAAUUCGGGGUUGUCGUUAGUCUGCGAUCUGAUCAUGUUGGUUCUGCCGUCCAUGUUGAUCUACAUGCUGCAUGUGUCGCGACAACGGAAAUUCCAGUUGUCCUUGAUCAUGUUUCCGGGUGUUUUAGUCCUGGCCAUCUCCUGCGCGCGCAUCUACCUGGUUGCGGUGGGCCAAUGGUCGUCGGACGGCAGCUGGGCCUACGAUCCGAUGCUGGCGGUCGAGACCUCCGAGAUCGGAAGCACGCUGAUUGCCCUGUCCAUUCCCGCCUUGAAGUCGCUCUUCGGCUCUUACUUCAACCACCUCAAGGCCUCCUCCUCCGGCGGCGCCACCUCAUCCCACAAGCGAUCCAGUCGGUUCCACCGCGGCUACGGUCGCACCUGGGAGGGGCAUGUGGAGUUGAAUAGCCUGGGUCAGGCAGCGGCCGCGGCCGGGUCGUAUCAUGUCGACGUGCAGACGGGCAAGGGGGCGAUCGCGACUCCGGAGUCAACCUCGUUAGGCGGGCCACGCACGGGGAACGACAGCUCCUCGGAGGACUUGCUGUCGCCGCAGAACGCGAAACAUGCCGGUCGCGCGGCUGGCAAGGGGCAGGUGAUCAUCCAGGAGACGGUGACGGUGAUCGAGAGUGGAAAGGCCAAUCCUGGACGGAGCUCGUAG